AUGCGAGAAAAGCUUGUAAGGCAAUUAAGUGAUAUAGAACUUCUUAAAGAGCUGAGUAUAAUAGAAAAAGCACAAACAGAAAGGAUGACAAGGCAGAUUAAAGGGUUAAAUAUACUUGGUAAUUCAGAAAGCAAUGCUUCAGAAGGUGAUAUAAACUUUGAGGAAAAAAAAAUGGCAAAUUCAGCAUAUGAUUUUAAUGAUUUAGUAAAUCGAGCAGAUUAUGUCAAAGUACCAUAUUUGCCUCAACUAAUAGCAUUAGUUUAA